UGGUUUUUCGCUAAACCACAACCUGCAUGUGAGAUGGCAAACAUGCGCCGUGCACAGAGUGUGCGCAACUACGGAAUCAAGCCAUCUCUUGUACUAGCUGCAGACGAUCUCGGCAUUCUUCGUGAGGGGGACGAAGCUAUCGAAGAUGUACUGCGACGGCAGCUCCUAGACAAAGACCGCGAGAAUGAUAAGCUUCAAUCAACGAUAUUGACGCUACAACAACAACUUGCUUUGAGGCCACCCAUUGAAAGGAUCCAGGAGCUAGAGAAGGAAUAUAAAAAUCUGGAUCUAAUUCUGCAGGGAACCCAGAGAGAGAAUGAAAGGUGCAUGGCAGAACUGGACAGGGUGAAGACAAGGGAGAAAGGUUUGGAGCAAGCCUUGGCCAAACUUGCGGGCGAGAACUGGCAGAGUGCGCUUGACAUCGCGCCAUCUUCUUCAACAUUCGCAGCUCGCGCUGUAAUGGGGUCCGUCUUCGCUCGAGGGACGCCGACGCCUCAGUCAGGCACUUCUGAUUCAUCUGCCUCCGUGCCUGUCUCUCAAGCGGCGGUUGAAGCUACGUUAACGCAGGUGGAACAAAUCCGCCUUCUCGUACUCGGCAUGGAGCAGCGCUUGCAGAACAGGGAGGAGAAACUCGCAAAGACGAUUGAGCAUGCUGAAGGGCAAGAAAUGAAGUGCGAUGCGUUGAGGAAGGAGGUGAUGGCCACAAAAGUGGCUGUAUAAUCUACGCUGCGUGUUUGUUUUUCCUCCGAUUCCUUUUCUCCUUCUUUGUUUCAUGUGUUGUACCAUAGGACUCGAAGCAUCAUCAUUCCCGCAUAUACAUCUGUAUAUUUUACCAUCCGGUCUCUACAUAUGAAAUCACGCAUGAUCUUGCCUGACGAACCUCUUUGGACAUUUUAGAGUGAUGCUGACGUGCCGAUCCUUAUCAUGGUUAGCGUGUCACAGACAGAAUCCCCC